AUGACAGCAAUAAGCUUGGGGAGGGUGGCUUUGGGGACCACUAGAGAUGGAAAUGAGAUAGCAGUGAAGAAGCUUUCUGCCAAAUCUAAACAAGGGAAGAAAGAAUUUAUGAAUGAAGUAAAAUUGGUGGCUAAUGUUCAGCACCGAAACCUUGCAAGGCUGCUCGGCUGUUGUGUAGAGGGAGAUCAAAGGUUGCUUGUUUAUGAUUAUUUUGUUAACAGGAGCUUAGACACAUUUAUAUUUGAUGUAGAGAAGCGCAAAGAGUUAGACUGGCAAAAACGUUAUAAUAUCAUCACUGGAAUUGCUCGUGGGCUUCUCUAUCUUCACCAGGAGUCACAAUUGAGAAUCAUUCAUAGAGAUAUUAAGGCAAACAAUAUUUUGCUUGACCACAAACUCAUUCCAAAGAUAGGUGACUUUGGCUUAGCCAAACUUUUUCCUGAAGACAAGACACACAUCCAUACAAGAGUUGCAGGCACAUACGGUUACAUGCCUCCAGAGUAUGCAAUGAGAGGGCAGCUGUCUGUUAAAGUAGACGUCUAUAGUUUUGGAGUAGUGCUGCUCGAGAUCGUGAGUGGAAGGAAAAACAAUGAUAUUGAUCUUCCAUACGAUAUGCAACACCUUGUAGAAUGGGCAUGGAAACUGUUCCAGGGAGGAAAUACGCUGAAUAUGGUGGAUUCAGAGGCAUCGGGAGUCAGUGAGGAGCAGGCUUUAAGAUGCAUUCAUGUUGGGCUUCUAUGUGUACAAGCAAAUGCAACACUUCGUCCAGUUAUGUCUGAUGUUAUUACGAUGAUCUCUAGCAGUUCAGUGACAUUGCCAAAUCCUUCAAUGCCUGCUUUUGUAAGUACAGGUAAGAGCCAUUCUUCAAAAUCAGAACCAAAGUCAAUGCCAAGUUGGGGGAUUGAGGAGCAUAAAAUCGUAACAACAUCACAGAUUUCAGCUGCAACUACAUCAUCUUCUUCAGGUAUUCGUUCAGUAAAUGAAGCUUCGAUUACCGAAGUAGAGGCUAGGUAA